UCCAAGAACAAUGGCGGGCGGCGGCGUCGUGGAGGCGGCCGAGCGAAGCGACGCAAAUUCCCCGUCACUUACUCCCUUGGCCGCAACAGCGUUAGGUUGCGAGGAGAUUUCCUGAAGGAACCGCAGUGGGAUCUUUGCGACGGUGGAGAGCAGAAGCGCGAGGUGGAGAGCCGGGACAUCGCCGAAGGAAGUCUGUCGAGAGAAGCUUUCGGAGAGAUUCAUCUGUCGAGAGAAGUUCCCAUCUGUCGUGAGAAACUCCUCAACUUUUCAACAGACGCAACAAAAAAAAUAAUGCUGCCUGUGUAUGUCGUCGUGUUGGCGUGGGCGUGCGCGACCUCGGCUGACCCCCGCGCUGAUCCUGUGGCCAACCGCAACCCGCAGCCCACCAAGGUCGUCCUGGGUCAGUCAACCCCUGAGGAAGACACCAAGACAGCCCAUCUGACUGUACCCGGACCUGUAGGAGUUUCCCUUGGAGUGGGCGUGCCUGUCCCCCCCUUCCCAGUCGAGGUGCACGUGACCUCCCCCACCCGCCCUUUCGGUCUGCCAGGCCCGUCUCGACCCGGAUGCGGAGCCAGCGAGAAGUAUUGUCUCAUCAACAGCGAUUAUCCGCUGGACAAAGUCAACGCUAUCAUUGACCGGUACUACAACAAUGUACUCCAUCUGUACAACGACCUGUACCGCUUUCCUCCGCACGACAUUAUGUACCACGACAACCGCACACAUGGAUACAGGCACGGCGGUCACUUCGUCUGCGAGAGCGCCGUGCAGUACGUGAGGCCGGGCUGGGCGCAGAACAUCCGCGGCGAGUGGGUGGCUGUAAUUAACACAGAUAAAUACCCUCAGUCUGUCCGCGUCGAAAGCUGCAAAUACCAGGGCAAGCGUUGCGAGUUCCUCCCUCCGUGCUACAAGUCGAAGUGCCUCCAGCGAUACACCUACGUGAAGCUCCUGAGUGUCGACCCUUACCGCCCCGAGUACAAACCGACGGUGGACGUCUUCGAGAUUCCUUCGGCGUGUUCCUGCUUCGUCGAGGAUUUCAUCUAUUACUGAGGUGUUCUUGAUUGAUUGGCUUAUCUGUCGGGGAAGCGUUCUGUCUACGGUUCUGUUGAAGAGAUUCGUUUGGGUUUUUUUUUACGAGUGAAGUGUUUCUCUGAGGGUUUUGUUUACGAGUGAAGCGUUUCUCUGAGGGUUUUGUUUUCUAUUUCUGAAACUUCUCGUUAGGACUUUAUCUGGUACUGAAGCGUUUUAUCGAUGAGUUUAUCUUUUGGUGAAGAGUUUUGUUAAGGACUUAUUUUAUUACUGAAGCUGGUGUUAGCGAAGUGUUAGGUUAAAUUGGGAUGUAUUCUACUACAGAUAAAGCUUUCGUUGGGGAUUUUAACUACUUCUGAAGCGUUUCGUUAAGGACUCUGCCUACUGCUGAAGCGUCUCCUCCUGAACCUCCUAAGGAAUGAAGGAAUCCUUGAUGCUUUUCGUCUUAAUUCAAGCUUUUGUUGUUGUCGUUCUGCCGGGAGGGUCGUUGUAGCUAUAUAUGUUGUUGGUUGUUAUGGUUUUUGUUAGCAAUUAAUAGGUUCAGUUGGGAAGAUAUUUCUAUUUUUCUUAUCAUUUUUUUUAUGUUGCAUUAACUUGGGAUGUUAUUUUAUCAUUAUAUUUUUUAUCGGUUAAAAAGUUUUUGUUUUUUUGUUUUUUACUUGUUCUCAGUGUAGUGUUUGCAAAUAUUGAAUAAACAUUUUGUUUAAUA